AUGUUGCCUGAGCAUUCUCAGCAGUUACUGCGGGCAGCACGAUCCGGGAAGUUGUAUAAGCCAUCAGCACCUCCAGAAGACGACAACGAGAUGAAGGAUGAAGAAGAAGAGACUAAAGAAAUUCGUACCGGAUUCACCAUCAAGAAGUACGUCAAAGUUGCACGACACCUAGAAGUUUCGGAACCAGAGUAUCUCGCAAAGAGAAGGAAGGGUUUACCAUCACCUUACGUCAACGGUCAGGUCGCUCAACCUGCAUUGCGCGAAACGAAAGUAAAGAAGCUUGAUGCAGACGGCAACGUGGCCGUUUACAAGGUGCUUGUCCCAGAAGGUCAGGCAGUGGAAGGCGAGGUCCAGCCUACAGAUGCCGCAAUCGAAGUUGCACCAGCUACUGCGGCACCAGGAACGAUUGUUGAAGGAGUUGGUGUGGUGAACGCGGAGGGCGUAGUUGUAGCUAACGACAUUUUACAACAAACGCCACCUAGGCGAAGGCCUCCACCUCCUAAGAAGAAGGUGAAGCGUGGAGGUCCAGGCAGAGGCAAGAAGAAGGUCGUUUUCGCCGAAGGCGGAACAGAGCAAGGAACACCAGCAUCAAUCGCUGGAGGUGACAUGCUGGGUUUGCCGAUCGUCAAGCAAGAGGACGGAUCUGUAGCACCAUCAGAUGGAGGAGAUACACCAAUGGCAGACGCUGGCGGCGAAGAAGAAGAGGGCUCUGGCGAGGAGGGCUCAGAAGAUGAAGAUCAAGACAUGGAGCAUGCCUCCAACCCAGCGACUCCUCAGAGAUCAUCUGUAGCCCCCACCAGCGCUUUAGCGAACGAAAUCUCCAACUUCACAGACGCUACUCCAGCAGAAGCCGCCGCACCAGCAACUCAGCCACCACCGACUUCCAUUGACCCCUCGCAAGAUACCGCAAUCAUCGAAAGUAUCGCACCUGAAGCCCCUCCUUCAGACACGGCUGUUCAAAUGCCAAAGCGUGACCAAUCAAGCUCACCUGAUCUGCCGCUUUCUGCUGUCUCCCAUAGUCGCCAAAACUCUAUGAACCGGACUUCGAUCUCUGCUACUACCACGGAAGCCUUCAUUCCCGAGGAUGCUCCGAGCGAAGCCCCGGCCCCAACAGUAGAAGCGGACGCGGCACCAGCGCUGGUAGUUGCAUCUGAGCCUCAGCCCGAUCCCGAACCUGUACCCGAAGCGGAGCCUAAGCCUGAGCCUGAACCUGUGCAACAAACAUCCGCCGCUCCUCCCGCGCCACGUUCAGAAUCAGAUCCCAUGGGAAGUCUUGAGAGACAGCUUGAGAAAGACAACGAGGACAUGGGCGGGUCAUAG